AUGUUCUUGUGUCCUCUUGGUAAAUAUGGCUUGCAUUUACUGAAGAAUUUAAUUGGAAAUACAAAAAUGAUUUAAUCUAUUCCACUUACUCUUGAUUAGAUUUAUGGAGUUAAUUUUAAGAGAGUUCCCAUUUUUUUCGGGGAAAUGGAAGGAACCAAUCCCUUGCCAAUUAAUGAGACGGAUGAAGAUUUGUAUUCAGAAAAAAAUUCAAGUGAACAAUUAAAAAGAUCGUUGCCGCCAUUACAGAAAGUGGAUAUAAGGGUCUUUGGAGAGAAAUAGAGGAGACGAUAGAAUGUCCACAAGUCUCCCAUAGUUUCAACUCAAUUGGAAUAGCAUAUAGGGUUUAGAAAUUCAUUUUAUAGGAAUAACAAAAUCAAUUUGGCAUCUAGACAGAGGAUAGAGGAGAUUAAAAAUAGAGAGAUGGGUUUAUACACGAAAUAUGCUCAACGAUUCAAUGUGCCAAAAUCUUAGAUAUGGAAUUGA